CCCAGGUCAAAUUCCUGUCUCUCGACUUUGACUUUUUUGAGGCUGGAUUUGCUGAAGAUUCAUCGUCCAGAUUUGCUAACUUACCUGUCAGUAGCCUUUUCCAGUUAAUUAAUUUCAGGUUGCACCUGUACGAAGCCCUUCCAGGCCUGCUCUUCCUGAGUAGCAUCUCCGUUAUAGAUCGUGGAUCGAGACGCAAGCCUGACUCGUUUUACGCCUCGGCUGACAAGAUAGUCGAUUUCUUGUCUCCUUGAGAGAGAGCUGUUUCUUUCAUUGAGAUUGAUGUGGUGAGCCGAGUGAGAGUAUCCUGAGUCAUCAAGCCAAGUAAUAGUGGCCAUCUAGUCUGUCCAGUCUGGGUGCCAGCAAGCAACCAUGAAUCGGGGCGAUGGGGGAAGCUACCCAAGCUACUCACAGGGUUCGUUACGUCACUCACACCACCACCAUGGCCAUGGGCACAGAGAACCAGAGAUUGUAUACAAGGUUGGCAUCUACGGCUGGAGGAAGCGAUGUCUCUAUCUACUUGUCUUGAUACUCAUGGCUGUCAUCACUGUUAAUCUUGCCCUGACCGUCUGGAUACUAAGGGUUCUAGACUUUUCACUUAAUGGCAUGGGUAAAUUCAAGAUAGCUAAGGAUGGUAUCCGUCUUGAAGGUACUGUAGAAUUCCUGAAGGCUUUUUAUACUUCACAAAUUACAUCUUUUAAGACUAAACCAUUGGUCUUCCAGUCAGGGCACAAUGUUAGUAUCAAUGCUCGGAAUGGACUUACAAAUGUAACUGGUAGAUUUGUAGUAGGUGAUAGAACAUUAACAUCUCAUAGUGAGAGAUUUGUUAUAUACGACACUCAAGAUAACAUGAUAUUCUAUGCAGAUGCAGAAGAAGUUAAAAUUGGAACAGAUAAAUUAACGUUCACAGGUCCCGAGGGAACAGUAUUUGAAGCUGUAGAAACAUCAAGAGUUAUAGCACCAUCAGGAAAAAGCUUAGAUGUAGAAGCAUUAACAAGUAGUAUUCACAUGCAAGCUGGGGAUCGGAUGUUUCUACGUGGAGUGUCUGGAGACCUAUCAGCAUCAUGCCUAGCAGAUUUAAAACUUAGAGCUACAAAUGGAAGGAUAAUGCUUCAAUCUGAGAGCUUAGAAAUGAAGAACCUUCCCAUAGCUGAUUCCAGCUCCUCCACCUCAUCGUCUGGUGUAUUUGAACUUUGCGUCUGUGAGAAUGGAAGAGUGUUCUUGGCUCCGCCCACGACAGGAUGCACACAAACAGACAUCUGCUUAUAACGGUCAAUCUCCAUCACCCUUGACCUUUGAUGACC